AUGGUGAAGCUAGCAUCAGCUAGAGAGAUUCGAAUGUAUGGGCCAAGGCUAUCUAAAUCCAGGGCAGAAUACAUGAACGCAGGGCUCUAUGUGUUUGCAACUAUUGUGCUUAUUGGUGGGUUUGUGGCUGAAUUGUCAAAGGAAACCAAGCCAGGUCUUGUGCUUUUGCUCAUAGCUCUCUUACUUAUUACGGUGGUCAAUCUUCAUGAUCUUGUUGCCCAUCUAGCCGGGAUUGAUUAUCGGUUGCGUCUGAUGGGGUAUGACACACAGCUUGCACUAGUUGAAUUUGCUGUUCCUGUGAUUCAGGCCUUGGGGGCUUUGCUUUCUUUCUUGGGUAUUCUUUUUCUUUUUAUUCAGGAAUAUAAAGGAUAUGAUCACUUCAAAUUGGAAAGGCAUGCUUUAAACUUGCUUGCUGCAGGACCAGCGUUCUGGAUGCUUGGAUCCUUACACAACUCAUGCCAAAUAUAUGAAAGAGCUGAUGGGCAUGUGCAAAUCUUGCAGCAGAGUGUCCACAUCCCAUUUUUAAUGGGAAGUUCGUUGUUCUUGGUGGGAUCUAUUCUCAAUAUUCGUGAGCACGCAGGAUGGGGUCAUCAUGGACUGGAAUUAUUGGGCAAGACUUGGGUUUGGAUAGGCAUCUUUGGAAGUCUAAUGUUCUUUAUUGGGGGUUUAACAAAUGUAGUCAAGGUGUUCGAGAUGCAGCAUGUUGAUGGACUAAGGUUGGAGAAAUUGCGAGGAGGAGCUCAAGAGCGUUUGAGACGAGAGAGGGAGGGCCAGGCACCACUAAUCCUAGGAGGGGAGAGGAGGGGGGAAACGAUAGCCGAAGAAACUAGAGCAGCACUACUUAUUCCUGCACCAACUCCUUACAAGGAUGUACUUGUUGUCAAAGUGUUCGAGAUGCAGCAAAUUGAUGGACUAAGGUUCGAGAAAUUGCGAGGAGGAGCUCAAGAGCGUUUGAUACGAGAGUGGGAGGGCCAGGCACCACUAAUCCUAGCAGAGGAGAGGAGGGGGAAAAGGAUAGCCGAAGAAACUAGAGCAGCGCCUAUUCCUGCACCAACUCCAGUACUGAUCGUGGAAGAGGAGAGGAGGAGGAAAAUGACAGCCGAAGAAACAAGAGCAGCACCCAUUCCUGCACUAACUCCUUACAAGGAUGUACUUGUUGGCCAGUCUUGA